AUGGAAAGAAGACGGGCUACGGUGACUUGUUUGAGAUGUCGAUCAAAGAAGAUCAAAUGCGAUGUCAGUGUUUCACACCCAUGCUCCUCGUGCAAGAAACACAGCUUUGAGUGCAUUAAAUUUGAAAAGGACAGACGGAAGGAGAGACACGAUAGUAAAUAUAUCGAGUCACUCGAAGAGAAGCUCAAGCUGCAGAAUGAUGUUUUUGCUCAACUUCAAAGGCACUGUACAGAGAUUACACGGCUUAUCUCCGAUAGAACUACAACUCCAAACACUAUUUCAAAGCCGAAAGACGACAAAGAAGACAGAAAUGUGCUGUACCCUUGGACAGAGUCAUUUCCCCAGUACAAAAAUCAGUCACUCGCCGUCUACGGACCCACAAGUAUUUUCGAUAGCGUCUCAAUCCCAAACUCUGAGAUGGACGAGGUGGAUCAGCUUAAACACCUUAAUUCGAGCUCUGAAAUUCUAGAGUGCAUCAAGCUGUUUUUCAGGUGGCUCUACCCCGACAUGCAUUAUUUUCUUUAUCGGGAGGCUUUUCUUUUGGACUUUUUUCAUCCAAAAAUUGACUUCUCGUAUUGUUCAAAAGAGCUAGUCUUUUCCAUAUGCUCCAUUGGCUCUCUGCUUUCAGAAAAUGAAAAAAUCAGGCAAAAAUCAAAAACGUUCUACGAAAGAGCACGCCAAAGUGUGUUGAAUAAAAUUGAUCACCCUACAAUCACUUCUUUGCAAAGCUUUCUAGUUUUGGGGUUGUACGAUAUCUAUAGUGGACGCAACAAUGGUGGUUGGAUGCUCACUGGAAUUGGGUUACGUAUGGGUUUCAAUCUUGGUUUCCAGCUUAGUCCAAAAAGCUAUCAUCCCGAAGCCAACGAAGAGGUCAACGAAACAAAUAUUGGGAUCCGCAGCCGUGUUCUCUGGGGUUCCUAUGUGGUGGAUCACUUUAUCAGCCUUAUUCUUGGUCGUCCCAGUGUUCUUAAAAUGAGCCAGGCUACAAUGGAAGAGUCCAACACCAUGCCAGACUUGUACUGGAUCAAAGAAUUUACUUAUACUGAUCCGCAGAAGUUAGGUCACACACCAAAACGAAUUGAUAUAGCCAAUCCUCUGAAAGCAACAAUUGAUCUCAUCAACAUCACAGAAGGUAUGUUGCAGGAUAUUUUUACGGGUGCUGGUUUGAAAGAGCAAUCGUUCCAGCUGUCGGAGAAAUUAGCACUUCUUGAAAAAUAUAACCAACAGUUAGUCCAAUGGAAGGAGUGCCUACCAUCAGAAAUUAGCUGGAAAACUCAGGAUUUGCUUGAAAAGGGCACAGAUCCUACCAUAAUGGGACUUAAAUAUUAUUAUUAUAUUGUCGUUCUAUGUCUCAACAGACCCUUCAUCAGCCAUCGAGAAAAAUGUCCGCAAUCAGUUUCCAUAUGCGAAUCCACAAUUGAUGAUCUCUACAUGGCCGUCAUGACAUUCACAGGGUUGCACGGAUACAAUCGUUGCUCGAUCUUGAUUAUUUAUGCUUCUAUUUUAUCGGUCUCUGUUAUCUUGCUAUCGUCUGGAAAAAACGUCGCGAAGUACCUGGAAGAGAAUCCAGGGGCAGGAUCACAGUUUUUUGACUUCAUGGACGUUCUUCGGAAAGCCGGCAAUACUUGGAAGUUGGCCGAGAAAUCCUACACCAUGAUUCGUUCGAGAUUGCUUAAUGAUUACAACUAUGACUACGAUCUCGGCUAUGCGGCGCAUGUCCAGGCAUCGCUUCCCCAACCAACGCCCAUGAGUCAAACGCCCCGUGUUCCAAACCCAUUGGACAGUACCUUUGGGGGUCCACCACUAUAUAUGACCUCCGAGGAUAUUGAUGUUUGGGAUUCAUUGUUUCCUGACUACGAUCUCGAGGAAUCAUUUGACCCGCUUAUCAAAAAAUAG